ACUUGAUCUGCAUGCAACAUGAAACGAUGGUUCCUCGCCAACGCUCGGGUGAUCCAUCUGCCCAACAGAGUAAAAUACAGUGGAGUACCUACUAUAACGCGCCAUUUCUUUCCUCCUUGCCCCUCGUGGUCCUGACAACCUGAAACGGACGAUCAGGCCACAAGGCUGAGAGUUUGCGUCGCCGGGCAGGUUCUUGUGUUGUAUGCAGACAUAAUUAUACUCGGUUGAGAGUACAGUCUGAACUCUUUGGAUCAUCUCUUCUCUUUUCGGCCCACAAAAAGAAUUUGAUCACAAAUAGCGUGUGAAUGCCACGUCAGGUUGGUUCCUGAAUCUUCUGAUUUAUUCCGACUCGACAAGACUGUAUGGAGAUGCAUACUGCAAUUCAUCGUCAUUGCCAACCAUAGCAGCCGCUUAUCUUGAUUCACCAAGCGAGGAGAUCUUUACCAGGCACUCAUGGGCAAAUGGCGGUGGCCGCCUGCUGCCACUGUGCGCGCCCUCGCCUCAUUUUUUUGUUGCGCAGUUUCUAGUAGAACUUUGCUAAGAUUUUGGUUCAGUCACUGCAAGAUCUUGUCACUUGUGAAGAACCGAAAGUACAUGAUGGUGUUUUACGAGACAUUUGUGCUUUUUUCCAAGCGCGUUCAACGCGCUGACAUUCGUCAACUACUGAAGCAGCAAGAGGCCCUGAUUACCAAGCACCACGGCAGCAUGCUUGCCGUUCGCGACCUCGGCUGGCGAAAAACCGCCUUCAGAGUUAUCAAGCCGCGCCAAGGCAUCUUCUGGUUUGGGCGCCUUUUCUACUUCUCGUUUGGAGCGAACCCUGCGGCCAUUACCGAGAUGUCUCAAUCUCUUCAGUCAACCAAUGGUGUCUUAAGGCAUGCGACAGUACGCAUGAAGAAACGGCAUAACUUGAUGACGUACAACCACCACAUCCACGCCAGAGACUGAGGCGAACGGAUUGCGCAUUGUACACAAAAAGUACGGUCUUAUGAUGACAAAACGCCUCUUGUCGACUUAUU